AUGGCCGAUGCUGCCGCAGACGGGACGGGUUUCUACUCCAUUGGCUAUUCAGGGACGGCCGGCGAGUAUGGUUAUAACUACUACUACGGGCUUGGCUCGGCCUAUGCCUGCUGUGUCGCCGGCCAGAAUGAUCCGGAUGGCGGCCAGAUCUGGUACUGGAACUUUCAAGGAUCAGGCGAGUGCGAAGUAUACAAUGAUGGCGGGUUUUCGCAGUGCAGUCAGAUGGCUAACACGUGGACCAUCGGAACAUUCCAGCCGAUUGUCCCAGUAGUUAGUAAUGGGCCUUGCGGGGAGUUCAACACUUACAACGGAGAUGCCCUUGGCUGA